GUACCGGCGCAGCGCUGCGCUCGUGCCUACGGCCAACUUUCACUGCUCGACCGUGCAAGACUGACCCAUAUAUUCCUAGCGGGCCCCCGGGUUGGGCCCCGACCACCGACCACCUCCAACCGCUCGGGACGACAUCGGUUCUCAACUUCGUCUAACGAGAGUCCCGAUCACUGAUUGGCCCGAGAUCAACUCGUUUAUUGCAACUCUUGGCUGUGCAAUCAUCAUUCGCGAGUCGAACGUUAGCGAGGACGGAAGGGGCGAAGUUCUGUUCGGCGGUUUCCGAGUGACCAUGGCGUGCUGAUAGUGCUCCUGAGACCUCUUUCCAUCCGGAAUUCUAAGGGAAUUAGAAAUCACUUGAUCGGUAUCAACUUUCGGAGAAAAUCAAAAGUGCUCUUGCCCGUUGUCGACGAAGGCAACGACGCAGGUAGACUAUGGAUUUCUCCAAUAUUUGCACGUCGAGUUCGAGGCAUUUUUCACCCUCAAUCUAUGCGCUUCGCUGCUCUAUUGUACUGACGAUGAUAGCCGCGGUAGCUGCGAUUUUGCACUUGAGCCACUACAAUCCGAAACAGACGUUCUUAUCAUGCGACAGACCUUGUCAUCACCUGGACUGGCCGAUGAUUUGUCGGGUGAAGCUAACCCUCGAGGUUUAUCAAUCCCUAAGCAAGUCGUGCGGUAAUUGCCCAGCCAAUGAAACCGCCUGUCUUGGAAAGCACUGUGUAUCCGUCGAUGGUCAGAGGAGAGGUGUGCUGGUCGCCAAUCGGCAGAUGCCAGGUCCCAGUAUACAGGUAUGCGAGAACGACAUCCUCGUCGUUGACGUGGUGAACCGUCUUCCUGGUCGAGCGGUCGCGGUCCAUUGGCGAGGGCAGUCCCAGAUCGAGACGCCGUGCAUGGACGGUGCCCCAUUGGUGACCCAGUGUCCGAUACCGAGCUACACUGUCUUCCAGUACAAGUUCCGGGCAGCGGCGGCAGGAACUCAUCUCUGGCACGCGCACGCAGGUGGCGACGUUGCCGACGGAUUGUCCGGCUCUCUGAUCGUGCGGCAGGCCGACGCCCGCGAGCCCCAUCGCGCCCUCUACGACAUCGACGAUCCGAAACACGUGAUCCUCCUCAGCGAGUGGAAGCACUUCUUCUCCACCGACGCCACCUCCAAUCCGCUCCGCUCCAAGACCGCCGCUCUUCUCGUCAACGGAAGGGGGCGCCAAUCCGCUGGUCCCAGGGUUCCUCUCUCCACCUUCACUCUCAUCCCCGGUCAACGACACCGGUUUAGGGUCGCUCACGCAGGUGGCGCCGAAUCCUGCCCCGUAAAUCUCGCCAUAGAAGGACACUCUUUACUCGUCAUUGCCCUUGACGGACACCCCGUCAGCCCCUUAAAGGUCAAAUCGGUUACUCUGGUCAAAGGAGAACGUCUAGACUUUGUCCUGAAGGCCAGCGGAAGCAUUAGGUCUUACGGGUUGACGGUGCGGACGAUAGAAGGCUGCUUGUCGCCUGCGGUAGUCGGUGGUGCGAUUUUGCAGUACAAGGGCCUUACCGACGGAGAACCGUCGGUGAUCUCAAGCCUCGAGAAGACUGGGUCUCCUGAAGGCGAUCACCGGGAUACCAGGAUCGACGUUUCCCUGACGUCAAAUCCGUCCGAGGGUUGUAACGACCGGGAGAAAAUAUGCCUGACGGAAGUUCGAAGCAAAAGGAAGCUGCCGAAGGUCCUUCAAGGAACGCCCGACGUCACGAUGUAUCUACCGAUCAACUACAGCAUCGAAACGUCCGAUUUCACAGACGGCGGCGAGAUCCGGACGCGGGUACUUCACGUCAGCAACGUGACGUUUACUUUCCCUUCUUCGCCACUACUUACUCAGGGUCAAGAUAUUCCUCAGGAAAUUAUUUGCUCCGGCAAUGCUGCCGAUCCAUUACAGGCUGCGACCCGGUGUCGUCGCGACGGCAUCUCCGAGGGUCAGGUCUGCGAGUGUGUUCACGUCAGACGCAUUCCCGCUGGAGCAACCGUCGAAAUCAUCCUCAUGGAUCAGGGCGGUUUGGAUGACCUGGUAUACCACCUCCACGGGUUCAGCUUCUACGUUGUGGGGGCAAAGCGUUUCGGGCGAAGCGUGUCCGUUGAUGAGGUGAAGGAGAUGGACAGCCGCGGGAUGCUGCUGGGUCGAGACCUGGACCACCCUCCGUUGAAGGACACUAUUGUGGUACCGAAGCAUGGCCUCGUGGCUCUCCGAUUCAAGGCUGAUAAUCGCGGUUACUGGAUGCUGCGAGAUGAGCACGCGUCCCAGUGGACCAGAGGACUCGACGUCGUCCUGCAGGUCGGGGAACCGGAUGGGAUGAUACAGGCGCCCGAGGACUUUCCAAAGUGCGGCUCCUUCGUAGGACCAGAUUAUUUUCUCAUUUAGGUCUCAUCUACGAUUAAUGCCUAUAGUAUACUAAAACCACGACUGAUGUAAAUAGCUGUAAAUAGUGUAACGGGUAACCGUAAAAUGUGUGUGAUCUAUCUUUUUUCUUUUUUUACUUUUUGCCUAUUGUCUUGAUUCAUGGUCUUAUACUUGGUACUGUCACACAUAAUGUUAGAUUGUUAGAUAUAUACGUUAUGUAUUUUUGAAACCAAAUAAAGACUAUAAUGAAGUUGCUGCUGUUGACAAUGACCAUCGAGCUUGCCCUGGAAACACAA